ACACGCCACCACAAACCACCAUCUUCUUCUUCUUCUUUUCUUCUGGCUUCUGUUUCUCCUUUUCACCUCUCCUUCUUCUUCCAACUUUCUUUUCUGCUAUUUAAACAACCCAAAUAUUAUUAGUUUUCUUCCUUCAUACCCUCACGGUUUUGAAAUAUUUUCCUUCUUACCUAUGCAUCUUGGUCAUCCUUUUAGUGCAGACAAUUAACAGUGGGAAGAAAAGCUCCGCUACAAAUUCAAUUUUCAGGUUGAUAAAGUGGUGGAAAUUUGAUGAGUAAUAUGAUGAGUGAAGGAGAAUCUGUUUGGAAGGCACCAUAUUUCAAUGGCAGAAAAUACGAUGAAUGGAAGGAGAGAAUGAUAGUAUUCAUUAAAUCUAUUGAUUACAAGCUUUGGCUUGUGAUUAAAAAUGGACCCAAAAUUCCAACAAAGGUAGUAGAUAAUGAAGAAGUGGAGAAGAGUGAAGAUGAAUACGAUGAAGAAGACAUGAAGAAUUUGGCACUGGAAGCAAAAGCAAAAAACAUUUUAUAUUGUGCCUUGAGUCCAGAUUUUUUUGAAAUAUGUUCAGAGACUUCAAAAUCAGCCAAGCAAAUAUGGGAUGAGCUUCAAAGGCAAAUGACAGGUUCUCCAACUCCUACAACACAGCCUUCCAACAAUGCAAUGGACUCAGAUGCGAAUCAAUUUAAUGCUCCUGAAGGUUACUUUUUAAGUGGAACAGGAGAAUCUCAGGCUGAGUUUUUGAAGUUCUGCGUGCCCCUUCACAAGUAUGGUUUAGAAGGCAAUUGGACAGAAGCCGAAGUGAUCUUAGAGAAAGAUGAGAGACUGAAACAUGCAGCAAUAACAAGUGGUUGGAGUACACUGCUGCAUGUUGCUGCAGGUGCAAACCAUGUUCAUUUUGUGGAGGAGUUGCUGCAAUUGCUCACUGAUGAACAAAUCUCAUUGCAAGAUGGCAAGGGCAACACUGCCUUCUGUUUUGCUGUUGCUUCUGGAAAUAUGCGUAUUGUUGAAUUGUUGAUCAAACGAAACCCUCACUUACCCAGAAUCAGGGGUGGAGAAGGACACACCCCUCUAAAAUUUGCUCUAAUGCAAGGCAAAUGCUACAUGGCACAGUUUCUGUAUGACAAAACCAGACAAGUAUUCGAGGAAUCAGACACAGAAUCCUUGUUCUUCACCUGUGUCAAGACCGGAAAUUACCACAUGGCCUUACAAAUGGCAAGAGAGUGGCCCAAUCUAGCUUGGGCACGUGAUAAGAAUAAAGAUACAGCUUUGCAUCUCUUGGCUCUAAACCAAAAUCCUAUGGAUUCUUGUUGUCAUUCUCCACACCUUCCCAAUCCCAUCAAGAUCAAUCCAGGAAUGAACCAACUUGUGAUUUUUCAAUUGGUUAAUUAUCUGUGGAACACCAUGCUUCGCGAAAAAACCAUCCCCGAGGCAAUUAAAAUCAUAGGUGAACCUUAUCAAGUAUUGUUCGACGCUGCUGAAGUUGGAAAUUUUGGAUUCUUAUCAGAACUUAUCAGUGCUCACCCCAGUUUGAUAUGGGAAGUUGACAAUAAAAAUCAGAGUAUAAUUCACACAGCAGUUUCACAUCGCCAUGCUAGCAUCUUCAAUCUAGUACAUGAGAUAGGGUCCCAAAAGGAUCUUAUAGUAACGUAUAUUGUGAAAGAAGACAACCCUUCCUCUUCUUCACCGAAAACAAAGAACAACAAUUUGUUGCAUUUGGCAGCAAAGUUAGCGCCACCAGACCAACUCGAAUUAGUUUCUGGAGCAGCACUUCAAAUGUGCCUUGAGAUAAUAUGGUUUAAGGAGGUGAAGAAAAUAAUGCCCCCAUCGUACGUAAUAAUGAAAAAUUCCAAUGGCCUAACUGCUAAGGAAUUAUUCACAGCAGAGCAUGAGGGAUUGCGGAAAAAAGGAGAAGAGUGGAUGAAACGAACUGCAGAGUUUUGCAUACUCAUCGCAACUGUUAUUGCUACAGCAGUGUUCUCUGCUGCAAUUAACAUACCCGGUGGUAUUGAUGAUGGAACAAAAAAACCAAAUUAUUUGAACCAAACAUCAUUUCUGGUAUUUGCAAUAUCGGAUGGAGCUGCUUUCAUCUCAUCUUCAACUGCAAUAUUAAUAUUCUUGUCGAUUCUCAUGUCACGUUAUGCCGAGGAUGACUUUUACAAGUCACUACCCUUGAAGUUGAUAUCUGGACUCAUAACUCUAUUCAUCUCCAUAGCAUGCAUGAUGGUAGCAUUUGGCAGUGCCUUCUUCAUAACAUACAACUACGGUUCGAGGGUUGUACCGGAUUCGAUUGCAGUACUUGUUUGUCCACCGUUGUUUUUGUAUAUAGCUCUGCAAUCUUCUUUAUGGUCAGAUAUCAUAUAUUCAACCUUCUAUUGUAGGACUCUGUUUCGGCCAACCAAACGUAUGAUCUAUACUAUUAAAGAAGUAUAACAUUGUAACAAAAAUUAUAUAAUAAAUUUUGUAAUUAAGAUGUAUAUUAUUUUGGACAA